GUGGGCAUUAGGCGGGGUGGUCUCUCCAAUCUCCGUCUCCUCCUGACGAUGCCGUCCUAUGGAGAUUGCAACUACUCAUGCGCCACUGCUACUGAAACCCUAGAAUGGAUUCACGCCAUUAUUGAUUUCAUCCAUCCUUAUACCUUCUUCUGGGAAUCCCAUGUCGUCAAUUUCUUCACAGAUAGACUGUGGGAAGCUGUCGAUAAAGAAUGGAUUGAUUGCUUGCGGAACGAACCCGUCGACCAUCUCAUUCAGAUUCCUUCUGGCUUUUUCAAGGACCACUGGCCUUCUUCAUUGAAGAAGUUCAUCACGACCACGAGCUCUCUCGCAUUUCCUCGUGAGCAGGCAGAUUUGGAGAAGCUGUUACCGAAUAUGCAGGUGGCUUUGCUUAAUAAUGUUAUAACCCAGGGGAUGAAUCAGAAGAAAAGACAUGAAAUAGAAGCUCUUGCGGCCGUUGUUAGUUCAGUAGCAAGAGAUGUUGAAACUAAUACAGUAGUUGAUGUAGGCGCAGGCCAGGGUUAUCUUGCACAAGUACUCUCUUUUGAGUACCAGCUGUCUGUAAUUGCAAUUGAUGCCUCUUCUCAUCAUGGAAGGAUCACUCAUGCACGUGCAGAGCGAAUUAAGAAACAUUAUGAUUCCAGGAUGCGUAAAUCGAGUUUAGGAGGAAAAGACUCGAGCUCGACCAUGCCCAAGACAGUCACUUGCAGUGUCCUCUCCUCAGACAUGUUGAAGACUUUGCUUAACUCAAAAGAUGCUGAGCCUAGUUUGAUCCAACAAGGUACCAGCAUUGAUAAACGUUGUCAGAGCCAAUCAUCGCCUACAAAUGAUUCGUGUUCCUUGCUUCUCACUGGUCUUCAUGCUUGUGGGGAUCUGUCUGUAACAUUGCUCAGGACAUUUUUGGAGAGUGAACAAGUCAAAGCAGUAGUUAGCAUUGGCUGUUGUUAUAACUUGCUAUCAGAGAAUGAAGGUGGAGAAGAUGAUGCUGUGUGUGGUUUUCCUAUCAGCAGAGGUGUUAAAUCCACUGGCAUACAUCUCUCAAGAAGUUCACGUGAUCUUGCUUGUCAGAGUGCAGAUAGAUGGAGAGGUCUGGAGAAAGUUGGUGGUAUUCAUAAUUUUGAGUUGCAUGCUUUCCGUGCUGCCUUCCAAAUGGUGCUUUGGAGAUAUUUUCCAGAGACUCUGAGCAAAAGUCCUAGGACAGGGCGACAAGGGAAGGCUUUGCGGCGCAAACAACAGAGGGCGAUGACUACACAUCCAGUCCUUCCAGUAGAGAGUUUGGCAGGAGGCGACGAUGGUGAUAGAUGUUCACUGUUUGAGAAAUUCUGCAAGUCAGGAUUGCAUCGUCUGAAUGUAAAGGAAUGGGAGAAUGUUGAUUUUAAUGGGAUCUGGAAGGAAGCUGAACCAUUUACUGAGGUGAUAGGGGCAUAUUGGUCACUGAGAGCAGCAUUGGGGCCUGUAUUGGAAACAUUGAUUCUGCUUGAUCGAUUGUUGUUGUUGCAGGAGGAAGGGGUGGAAGGUGCAACCAUGGUACCCAUAUUUGAUCCAACCAUCUCCCCCAGGAAUAUGGCUCUCAUUGCUAAGAAGAGCUUUCAUUAAUUUGUAUUUUUAACUCA